CUCGGGUUUUCCUUCUCGAUUAAGAUAAAUUUCUGCAGUAUUAAAUACUCAGAUUCAAUGAUUCAUAGUCAUAGUUUGAUCAUCAAUCGAAGUUUUGAUUUGAAUCAAGAACAAUCAGAAGAAAAUGGAGCAGCCUUUGUUGUCAGCAGAUAAAUGGAGUUCGUACGAGCACAUCGGGAGGGUUGGAUCGGCGAUUCCGACGGCUUCCUUGUCAGGAACUGAAGUCAGCGUCGACGAAAUUCGAUCCGCGGCGGCUUUUCGCGAACCCUAUCCUCUCUCUCUUCACGCUCCUUUACUCAGUCCUCCUAAUCCUGCCUAUCCUAUCGAGCAAGCAGUUGGUUAUCCUCAGACUGGAUAUUAUGGACCUUUGGCUGAAAAUGCCGCUGGUGUACAAAGGCAAGUAUUGGAUGAGGUGGAAAUUCGUGAGCUUUUGAUAGAUCACGUUGGCCAUCGUUGUUGUUGGGGAAGUCGUCCUGCUCGGACAUGGGCUAUUCAUGCCGUGGAGGAUUGCAAUGUUUAUGUGGGAACUCUUGAAACAUUCGUUGAAGAGAGGGAAACCUUAUCAGAGACACAGCCGUAUGGUGGAGGUGAAGUGGAUGGAAAAGAUAAAGGCCCUGAACUCGGAAUUUGGGAAUUGGAUCUCAGGUCGGAGUUUCCCGUACUGUUUAUACCCCAAAAAGAGUCACGGAAAGUGAUUCCUCAUUCUGAAGUUGUCGAUAAAUGUUCAGAUUGCGCGGGAAGAGGAAAUAUUAUAUGCGCCUCUUGUAAUGCCGAAAAAGAGCCCGGCUUCUAUAAGGAGAAUCAAAUGUCUCAAUGUCCUACUUGUUAUGGUCGAGGGUUGAUCGCUCAUAAAGAUGGCUCAGAUACAAUUUGUCGAAAAUGUGAUGGCAAGGGCUUGAUUCCAUGUGCAACGUGUGGGUCUCGUGGAUUAAUCAAGUGUGGAACUUGUCGGGGCGGAGGCUCUCUUCUAACGCGCCAAGUGGCAAUCGUUAAAUGGAAAACGCUGCAGGCGAGAAAAGUAAGCGCAACAAGGGGAGCGGCGUCAGUUCCCGACGAUGUUUUCCACAGAGCCAAAGGAGUGCAGCUGUGCAACACCCAAGCCUACCAGUGCACUCCGGCCUUCUUUGCCGAUUCGUAUUUCCUCAACAAAUUUUCCUCGGAAGUUAUUGGCGAGCGAGCUGCGGUGCCUCCGACAGCGAGGCAGAUAUGCGAGAGACAUAGCAUCACAGUGGUUCCGGUAACUCGGGUAACGAUGGCUCGAAAUCGUAGUUCAUUUAGUUUUUACAUAAUUGGGACGGACAGGGAGGUUUACUUGAAGGAUUCGUAUCCGGCGAGGUUGUGUUGGGGACUCUGCCCUUGCAUGGAGUGGCUCAAGCUGUAGUAAUAUUUGGUUGGUAAGUUAUGUUGCAUAUAAAUUGUCUGUAUUUUUGUUUCCAUUCGUCCCAUGUAUCUUUUUUUUGUUGGAAAAUAAUUAUAUAUGUUAAUUGAAUUUUAUAAUUUUCUUA